UCGCGUUUAAAGAUGGCCGCGAAAGAAGCGGGCAAAACUGCGCUUCGAUAUUUUCUUGGAACAUGUAUUCCUUCGUCAAAACAAAAUGCAGUGAAAGUCCGAGUGCCGCGAUUACAAUUCGACGAUUACAUUCACAUGUACUUCAAAGAGCAUGAGUUCGUUUACGCUAACGAUCCGAAGAAAAUGUGCAAGACCGGUGAUGUGAUCUUGAUAAAGGUAUUACCAGAAAAACUGACACGCUUGAUCUCACACGAGGUUGUCGAAGUGGUAUAUCCAUUAGGUGACAUCACAGAUCCAAUUACAGGAAAGAAAGUUAUUCAACAUAGAUACAGAGAUGAAUUAGAUGAGGAAGAUGAAUUGUAUGGCAAAAGAGAAUCAAGAUUCGAUUAUUCGAAAGCACCACGAAGAGGAAGGUUAGAAAAUAUUCGAGACUUCACUCAUAAGAAAAUGUAUCUAAGAUAUCACGAUGAUCCUAAUAAUCCACAACCGGACAGAAAUAGUACUGUAUAAUACGUGCGAGAAAGAUUUAAUAAAUUAAAUAUAUUAGACUUU